UUUGACCUCGCCUUCCCGUUUCCCGUUUCCCGUUUCCACUCCUUUCCUCGCUUUCCCUGUCCGACCUAAUCUCCGUCCGCCGACGAGAUCUCCGGGAUGACCGGCCGGCACGGCCCCCUUAUGCUCCGUGGUGGAAGCGGCGGCAGUGGGAAGCCUCUCUCCCGUGGCUCCCGCAUCGUUGUCGCCGUGGUCGUCGGCGUCGCGCUGGGCUGCGCGUGCGCCUUCCUGUACCCCGACGGUUUGUUGUUCCGCUCCUCCGCCUCCGCCCUCCAGUGGUCGCGUCAGGUUGGUUCAGUUGCUUGUGAAUCAUCAGACAGAGUUACCAACCUUAAGCCUCAGUUGAUCUUAUUGGAGAGAGAAAAUACUGAACUAAAAAAGCAGAUCAAUGAACUAUCAAUGAAACUUCAAUUGUCUGGACAAGGAAAAAAUGAGGCUAUGUAUAAACCUGGUCCUCCUGGCACUGUCAAGGCUUUGAGAAUGAAUCCAACAGUAUUGCCAGACGAGUCUGUUAAUCCCAGGUUGGCCAAGAUACUGGAAGAAGUUGCUGUGAAGAAGGAACUUAUUGUUGCAUUAGCAAAUUCCAAUGUAAGGGAGAUGCUUGAAGUUUGGUUUACCAACAUCAAACGAGUUGGUGUUCCAAAUUAUCUAGUUGUAGCAUUGGAUGACAAUAUAGAAAGUUUCUGCAAAUCAAAUGAUGUCCCAGUUUACCGGCGGGAUCCUGAUGAAGGCGUCGACAGCAUUGCAAAAACUGGUGGAAACCAUGCAGUUUCUGGACUAAAAUUUCGCAUUUUAAGAGAAUUCUUGCAGCUUGGGUAUAGUAUUCUCCUCUCUGAUAUUGAUAUUAUUUUCUUGAGGAACCCCUUUGAUCACCUUUACAGAGAUUCUGAUGUUGAGUCCAUGAGUGAUGGUCAUAACAAUAUGACAGCUUAUGGUUUCAAUGAUGUCUUUGAUGAGCCCUCUAUGGGUUGGGCUAGAUAUGCUCACACAAUGCGGAUUUGGGUUUACAACUCUGGAUUUUUCUACAUUAGACCCACAAUUCCAGCAAUUGAACUUUUGGAUCGUGUAGCUGGUCGCUUGUCUCGGGAGCCCAAGUCAUGGGACCAAGCAGUUUUUAAUGAAGAACUGUUUUUCCCAUCUCACCCAGGCUAUGAAGGUCUUCAUGCAUCAAGAAGAACUAUGGAUAUAUAUCUGUUUAUGAACAGCAAAGUUCUCUUCAAGACUGUGAGGAAAGAUGCUCAGCUCAGGAAGUUAAAGCCAGUAAUUGUGCAUUCAAACUACCAUCCUGACAAGCUAGAUCGGAUGAAAGCUGUCAUCGAGUUUUACGUCAACGGUAAACAAAAUGCACUGGAACAUUUUCCUGAUGGAUCAGAAUGAUACUAGUUGUUACCUAUCAUGCUCAGCAAAUCUUACACCCGAUGUGAGCUGUUGGGAGGUUUCUCUGGGUGCUGCGAGUGGAAUGUUGGCAUGAGCAAAUUGAUUGGAUGAUCUGUCAUGUAUGAUUCACUGAGCGUGAGCUAUUUUGACUUGUGCGAAAUCUCUAACCUGAACAAUCCUGUAGUGAACAUGCAACUUAGAUGUCCAGUUUUCGGCUUACAUUUUUUACUUUGAAAGAUUUGGUGAUUGCCCAGGAAACUAAUGAGUAGUGAGCAAGAACCAUUCUUUUCGCUUUGGGUUUUGACCUUAUCGAGUUGCAGUGAUAUUUAAUUUUGACAGUUGGGUGGUGUUUACCGUCA